CCUCCGCACUUUCUCCACACACCGCAUGGAUAUCUUCAGAGCGCGGGAGCGUGUGUUUAAAGACAGAACCCCCCACCAAAAACCAUCUUCCCGCCCCCUUUUCUACAUUUUUUUCCCCCUCUUCUUCCGCAGGAUUUGGGGGGGACAUCCGUGUGGUGUGGAGGACUUUUCCUAUUUUGGACUUGUUACACGGAGUGUGGAAAGUGCGGCGUGGUAACACAGUGAACUUAACUAAUUGAGCCGAAGGAGGAGAGAAGACGAAGACAUGCGGCGAGGACACAAGUCAUCAACGUUUGGAUGUGCAACCAAAGCCUCACUGAGGUGAUUUGACCCUGGAUGCCAUAAUUUGAUGGCAUUCUGCAGACUGUCAAAGCCAUCAGAUAUGUCUGGGUUUCUUGAGAGGCCGGUGCUGCAGUACGGCGGGCCCUAUUUUCCCAGCGACCCCAGAGGGUUGCCAUCCUGCAUUAACUCGAACUCCUCUCUGCUGGACGCGAGAAGUCCUAUUAGUCAUCUGUCGAGCCCACAAGGACAAAGCCUCAUCUUUCGCAGACAAGACAGCAGUUCCUCCGAUGACAGCCAUUCCUCUUCAAAGCAUCACAGGCCACUCACACUGGGCUUUACGGCGGACUCUAAUAAAAAUGCAGGAAGCACUAUCCCAACAGCAGCGACUAUUAGAGAAACAAAACCAGGACACGAGAAUGCUUCUCUGUUAACUGACAGCCCUGUUUACCUGGCUAUUCCUAGAGCCAUGUAUGGACAUAACCCCUGCUGCCAUAACCUGAGCUGCAUGAUGGGACAUCAGUACAGUGUGGCGCAUGGAUCCCAGCAAAUGCUAGCAAAUACUGAGUUAGAGCACAAUUGGACGCGAGCUGGAGUUCACAACAGCAAAAGAUUACGCAUCCAGCGGAAGGCAGAAUCCGUUCAAAGAGGUUUACAGUUAGAUUCCGGUGAUGAGCAAAUCAGGAUCGCACAGAGCACAAACGAAGGACUGACUAUGCCGGCUAGGAGUGAGCCAAACUAUGGCGCCUACCCCUGUAUGCCUCACCACUCCACGUUUACCUCUUUAAGUGAGCAGAAUUUACAGCCGUCUCCCAGAGGCUAUGCAGGCACCCACCCCUCCCAUGCAACAUGUGAGCAUAUGACCUCAGAGAUUUAUCAAGAAUGUUCUCCAAUGUCCAAAUAUGGCAAUCAAACAAAGCAGCCAAUGUUUUACUCCCCUCAGGCCACGGUAGAAGUAAAGAACAGCACACAUGGUAGAGAUACUGGUGCAAGGCAUGGAGAGCCCCCCCCUCUUCGAAAACACACAACCCCAAACCAAGGGGACCGUUAUUUAUGCCCUCAGAGGCUUCAUGGUGACAUUCCUUUGUUUUUGCAUAGCACUGAAACACUACCACAUCACUCCUUUGCGCAAGGCUUUGAUUAUCCUUGUUAUGCUUUUCCUGGGUUUCAUUUAGGUCAACUCAGAACCCUAAAAAGGCAACAUGCCUCACCUUUGCUGAAUUCAAAUAGCGUCAAUAAUGUUUCCCCCUCAGGCCAAUAUUUAGAUCACCCAAUUUCCCCUGUAGCCAGUAACACCAGCCAGCAUGUUGGACCAUCACACACGUCACAUUCCUUCCUGAGUAUGGACCAAAUCAGGCCACCGCGAUGUCAACCUGUGUCGCCUUCCCACAUUCAAGCAAGACUAUUCUUUCCCUCUCCUGCCAGCCGACACAUAGAUCAAGCUGUCUUCUCACCUCCUGGUUUAACCACAGAGAGGCUCCUGGACUAUUCAGCUUGUGUAGGUCAGGUCACUUCCCCAAAUCAGCCCAGAGACCCACCAGUUUCCCCCAUGACAUGGCUUCCUCUAUACCCCAAUCAGACGUCAGAUUGUAUCCUUGCAGCUAAUAAUCCUAACCUUCGCAAAGUCAUUGUAACAGGAAAUAAACACAGUGAUUCAAGUGAUCCAUCAACUCCUGUUCACACAGGUAACCUGAAGACAUCCAUUCCUCAUACACCUCCACUACUAAAAAUAAAAGAGGAAGCUUUGGAAACUGACUCAUUUAAAAAGCAACAGCCACAAGAAAGGAAGGACAACCUGGUGCAAAUAAAAGCAGUCUUUCCCAAAAUGCCAGUUAUUGACAGUGUGUUUAGCCUGGCACCUUACCUGUCAGCAUCUCAAGUGCUACCUGUUGAAGGGGAACCUCAGAAAACUCAGCUGUCACCUAAGAAAUGUGAAAUUAACCACAUAGCGAGCACUAAAGGAAUAAAACCAGAUCCAGAAGGGCCACCCACUGAUGUCUGUACAGAUACUCCAGUUGCAGAAACGUUUGAAACCACAAAUAUUAAAGUGGAGAAAAUAAAUCCUCCCAACGCGUGUGACUCGAGUGAAGGUUCUGUGAGUCAGGCCAUAAAGGAUCAAAUCAAAACAGAACCAGAGGACACAACUUUGUUAGAAAUCAGCUCUAUGCUGGUCAUUAAGAAAUGUGAACCUGAGGAACUUGAAACUAAACCUACCCCGGUAGAAGAAACUGAGCUUUCAGAUGAGCCCGAACCGCCAAGCUCAUCUUGUCUGAGCGACGUCAGGACACUACAUGAGCAGCAGGUGGUCAGCAGCACUGAACCUCCAUCUCAGAAUCCACCUCAACCCCCAGGCCCCAAACUUGAUAUCAAAAAUAUUUCACCCGAGUCCCUUAAGAUUUCCAACCACAAAAUUAGUCUUCGUGAUGUGUUGUUGUCUUGUUCAGCACCACCUCAAAAAGUUCCCAAUAUGAGCGUUCGUAUAGAACCAAAUAAACCAAAAGUGCAAGCACCAGUUCGUAAGCACUUUAUAGAGAUGCACCGCUCCCUCUGCAAGUUGGUGUCCAAAUGUGUGUCGGCCACCCCGGAGCAGCAGCUCAGAACUUGGCUUUCUAAGCAGGAACUGCCUGAACUCCCCACCAAAGUCCUGAAAAUCUCCUGCCUGUUGGGGAUUAAAGCAAGACGAAAAUGGCACAAUGAGGACAUCAACUCUGCUCUCCAGGAAGUGCUAGAUAGGCUGACGGAUUACACCACGCUGGGCUGCUGUCCUUUCCCGUACGUCAUGCGGACAGGGGACGUGUUCCUCCCCAUGCUGGUGGUCAAAGAAAUUCUUUUUCCCAUCGUCCCCGUCCACUUCGUCGACCAAGUCCUGCAAAAACACAAAGUGGAACUGCGGCCCACGACGCUCUCCGAGGAGAAGAUCCUCACCCAGUUCCAUAAACGAAGCUGUUCGUCCCGACUAAGGAGGUUGAUGUCGCUCAAGCAUCUGCCCAGCAUCUACAUGGAUGUGCUUAACCUUUUCUAUUAUUCCACUGUGUGUAAACACUUAGAGUCAACUUCACCUGACGUCCAAAAGAAUACCCAGGAGUAGACUUGGAGGCGUUUGAAACCUGCAACAUCAGCAGCUCUUCUCUCACAUCACAUGAAGUCACACCAGGACGGCCCAAGAAGGCAAAAAGCCGAGUGAAGAGCAGCUCUCGGCGUACAUUUCUGGACAACAGUUGGUCUG